GCUACGUUCCGGAAAAAAUAGUUUUGUUGAGUGUUGAAAUCAAGUGCCUGCGAUUUGCUAGAGAUUUCGAUCAAUUCGAGGUGAUUUUAAAUCAACAACGAAUUAGCGAGCGAAGAGUGAACAUUAUUUAAGUGGUGUUUUGAAGUAGUUGUAUACAGUUCUAGUGCUUCGUGUGAAUUUUGUUAAAGCGUUGUAGAUUUUAGAGAGUCUAAAGAUGUCUCUGUUCGGAUCGUUGAUGGCCGACGUGGAGGAUGAUCCGUUUUUCGGAUCACACAUGCGGCACAUGCGCCAAAUGAACAACAUGAUGAAUUCGUUGUUUUCGGAUCCCUUCGGCAUGCUGGGAGGCGAAGGCCCACUGGCUAUCAUGGGCCCGCGUCGCGGCAAUGCCAUGAUGCCCUUUAUGCCUCAAAUGCCAACACUGAACAGACUCUUCACUGAUAUGGAUGGCAGCAACAUGCAUGCUGCCGGCAGCUCCUUCAGUAGCAGCACUGUUGUGUUGUCAAGCGGACCUAACGGCAAACCACAGGUAUACAGUUCAACAAGCAGCACCAAGAUUGGCCCGCAUGGCAUCAAGGAGACUUGCAAGACCAUGCAGGACUCUCGCACUGGCACCAAGAAGAUGGCCAUCGGCCACCACAUUGGCGAGAGAGCGCAUGUCAUCGAGCGCGAACAGAACUACUACACAGGCGACGCCGAAGAACGUCAGGAGUUCAUCAAUCUGGAAGAAGAGGAAGCCGAAGAGUUUGACAGGGAGUUCCAAUACAAAGCAGGAUCUGCUCACAACCGCAGCGGCCAAGCGGCCCUGUGCGGGCGGCGGCCGGAGCGUCGCCUGGCGCUGACCGCGCCGCCCGCGGCCCCCGCGCCCCCCGCGCUGCCCGCCGCCACACACGCCGCACACGCCGCACACGCCGCACACGCCGCGCCCGCUCUCUUGAACGUGCCCAGCCUGCAGGGACACAAUACAAGUAGUGAGUCCGCGUCAGGACGACGUUCGACCUCGCUCCGGCCGUCGUCGCGCCGCCCCAUACGAACAGCUGCCAGCCCACUCACGUUGCCCACCAGCCCGAGUGUCCGCGAGGUGUACGGCGGGUCGCAGCCGCAGCGACACCGACACAAGCACCACAAGGCCGGACACCGACACCCGCACCCCGAACACUAAGGGACACACACACACGGACCACGACACUGCACUCAAUAAAGGCCCAUUUACACGAUGCGAAAAAUAUCCUGCAACACAUUACAGAACUACGGAGGUCUGUCAACAAAACUGAUGUCAUGAUUAUGUCAUCGCCAACAACGGCUGCCUUGCACGAUGUUUUUCGCACCGUCUAAGUCAUCUUUAACAUUCGAAUGUAUCCGACAUUGUAUAUUACAAAUUCCUCUCUCAUUAAUUAUAAAUUUUCAACGGCUAAUUUAUUUUUAUUUACAAUUAACUUUUUUUAGUGCAAUUUUUUUGGUUGAUUUGUACUCCAUUCGGAUUAUUAUUAGGUAGCGUAUCGUGGUUAGGUUUUUAAUUAAGAUAUUUAAUUAAGAUUAAACAAGAGAUAAGUUUUGAGUUUAUAGCCUGAAAUUAUUGCCUCGAAGUCUAUUUGUUUACUUGUUUUGUUAUUUUUAAGUGAUUUGAUACUGAUUUGUGAAUAAUUUUGCUAGAUGUUUGUCGGUUAAAAUCUUUGCGUCAUUUUUGAUAGCAGACACAUAAAGGCGGGCUAGGAUUAAACUUAAUUUAUUCCCAAAAUAUGAAAACAAUAGCAUAUUUUGUUUCUUCGUAUCUCUGUGAAAUUAUUUUCUCAUUUUCUGACUUUUGUCGUACUCAUUGAAGUUUACUUCUUUCUGGUCCAGUUUAUUUCUCCCUGCCUGUCUGGGACGCUUUUGCUCGAACACGACACGUGUGAUAUGCAAACCAUGUCUCAUUAUUUUCAUGUAGACAUUAGUUGAAUGAGAUAAGUAGAUCUUAAUGUACGAUGUCGAUAUCCGCUCCAGUGAUUGGCAUAGCACACUGACGCGAGUUUGGCGGGUAAUAUCCAAAAUGGCGCCUGUUUUCGUAAGAUGGCGGAAACAUUUGAAAUUGGAAAUUUUACUUAUGUAUGAAAAAUGAGUAUUUGGUGAUUGAAUAAAUUGUUUUGAAGUCGCGUUUGUGUGCUCUGUACAAUAUUCCAUACGAUGUACUCUCCCCACCUGAUUUUCAUCUUAUAUCUUAGAAAUAGUCUGAUUUAAAUAAUUCAGUGUCUAUAACCCAGUAGUGGCGUUACUACUUAGCAACUAACUUAUACUGCCCCAAUGUAUUUAUAUCCUCUUUUAAAACCUAUGUCGUUCAUCACUUUGACUGAUGAUGGAACUACGACAUUUUUUCUAGUAAUGCCACUUUCCAUACAAUAGUAUUAGGUUGUAAUUAAGAUAAUCGUCGUCUAUAUAAGUGUGUGAAAUCAUAACAAUGACAGUGUCAACAAAAAACUAAAUUUUUGCAUUCACUAUGUUGUCUGAAUACUAUCAACAAAAACCAAGUGACAAGUAAAUUGACAUCAUGUUCGACCUUUAUGUCAAACAGUACUUUUUGGUAUCUCAGAUUAUGCACACUGUAAUUUUAGUAUCCAUCUUUAAAUCUGAUAUGUAAUAUCUUGUAUAAGAUAAUUAAUUAUAAUUCAUUAGUGUUUGUAAGUAUCGUACAUAUAAGUCAAAAUUAUUACAAGUAUUUUUUGGUCGACUGGUAUUUUUUAUUUGUAGAAUUCAAAAUUUCGUUAUAGAUAUUAUAAUUUUUAACGGUUUAAGUAGACUUUAGAUGUUUGCUGUGAGAGAUCAAAAUUUUGUGUCUGUAAAUCACAAUAUCUUUGAUUCCUGAAGGCAGACUUAGUUCACAAAUAAUAUGAAAUAUCUCUAGAAUAAGUAAGUACCAUUGUACAUUAAGACAUGUUGUGUCUGUCCAUUGCAGCUACAUAAAGCGACACAAUCAAACAAUGUUACUUCUACCAAAAAUGCAUACGAACCCGCAUGAAUUGUUGACAGAUUUGACAGCUGUCAAAGAUGACACGUCUUACUGGAAAAUGGCUGUAUUUUUCUGUACCUCCCAUUUCUUGUUUGACUAAAUUAUAUAGUUCUGCACAAAUUCGACGGUGCUGGACGCUAAGAAUCGCUCAUUCCUUAAAAUAAAAAUAAUUAUUUUCAUUUAU